AUCUGGUGCUUCUACCUCGUUCUGCUCCACCCACCUGCAGAUAAAAGCCAAAGUUUGACUGAAGCUGCUGCAAAACUCCUGAAAGCGCCGUGAAACUCCCACCCUGCAGCAGAAAUCAGAGGAAAAUGGUGGCUAUCCCCCUCCAGUUUUUCAGUAACCUAAUCUUACUCCUCCAGUUAUGCUUGUUACACAUAGUUUACGGUGGAGCAUAUUAUGGACAGAAACAGCCGCCACAGCAGCCCAUACCACAAUACAACGAUGGGUUUCCUCAGCAAAUGGGGAAUGAGAUGCCCCACUUGUCUUACGGUAAAGAAGUGGCAUCACUGCCGCAGUAUGGAAAUGAGUUUCCUCAGCUGCCAUUGCAAAUGGGAAAACAAAUGCCACCAACUAAAGGAAAAGGUCAAAUCUUCCCUAGAGGGCAAAAAGGUCCACCUCUGCCUCUUCCAGAUGGACAAGGUUUCAGAGAAGGACCACAAGGAAUUCAGGGGCCCCCUGGACCAAUAGGGCCACCAGGUCCACAAGGAUCCCCUGGGUCACCAGGGCAAGGACUUCCAGGUUUACCAGGAAAACCAGGUCCCUCUGGUCCCCAAGGCUACACGGGAAUAGGAAAACCAGGUAUGCCAGGAUUGCCAGGAAAACCUGGAGGCCCUGGAUUACCAGGACCAAUGGGCGGCAUCGGUCCAGUGGGGGGUGAGGGACCAAUUGGACAUCCUGGGCCUCCAGGGCUUCCAGGUCCCACUGGGCUCCCUGGGAUUUCCAAACCAGGAGGUCAAGGUCUUCCUGGUCUACCAGGCCUAUUAGGAGAGCCUGGCCAAAAAGGCCCACCUGGAUUUCCUGGUCCUGUGGGUCCAAAAGGAGAAAAAGGCAUUGGUUUACCUGGUUUUCCAGGUUUAAAAGGACCUGGUGGACCCCCUGGUCCACCUGGACAAGCUGGACUUCCUGGAGAUGGUAAACCUGGCUCUAUUGGUUUACCUGGACAACCAGGAAUACCAGGGAAACCUGGUCUUCCCGGGGAGCCUGGGUUGGCAGGACAACCAGGUGAAAGAGGGCAACCAGGACUCCCAGGCAUGCCAGGAAUUGGGAAACCAGGAAAUGAUGGUUUUAGAGGUCAACCAGGGCUUGCUGGAGGAAAAGGGGAACCAGGGCCUCCCGGUUUAACGGGGCCUCCAGGUUUGCCAGGUUAUGGCAAAGCAGGAUAUCCAGGUCCUAAAGGUCACAAGGGACAUGCUGGUCUUCCGGGAUCACCAGGUCCAAGAGGAGAUAAAGGUCAAAUAGGUCUUCCAGGGAUUGUUGGUCCAACUGGUCUUAAUGGAAUACCUGGUGCACCAGGCCCAAUGGGGCCACCUGGUGAUCUUGGCUUCCCAGGACUGAAGGGAGAGGAUGGUGCUAGAGGAUCAUGGGGAAAUCCUGGAGCAAAAGGUGAAAUGGGGUCUUCAGGUCUUCCAGGACGGCGUGGUAUUCCAGGAGAGACUGGGCAACCUGGACCAAGAGGUUUACAAGGUCCUACUGGCCCUAAAGGAGAAUUUGGUAGUAGAGGUUUACCUGGCACUACUGGUGCUACAGGAUUACAAGGAUCAAAAGGAGAUGGUGGAGAGCCUGGAGACAAAGGCCAGCCAGGACCACAGGGUAUUCCUGGGCUUACAGGACCAGGGGGACCCAUUGGACCUCCUGGUCUUCCAGGGCUAAAAGGCGAAGCAGGUCUGUCAGGUAUCCCAGGUUUUCCAGGCAAGGGAAGUCCUGGACCCUCUGGUGAAACUGGCCCUCAGGGUAGCCCUGGUCUCAGUGGCCCCCCAGGACUUCCGGGACUACCAGGACCACCAGGACGCCCUGGCCCUCCAGGAAUAUCUGCUACAUAUCCUGACCUAGGACAGAUCCUCCCUCACAGUGGACCUUACACUGGACAAAACUAUGAUAAAUUGAAGAAUGGAGGCGAGAUGAGUGGAAGUGUUCUGAAGAUGCCUUCAUUCACAGCAAAGCUCACUAAUCCUUUCCCUUUGGUUGGUUCUCCCAUCAUCUUUGACAAACUGCUGCACAAUGCUAAUCAGGACUACAAUCCUCAAAGUGGUAUUUUCACUUGUAGCAUCCCAGGAAUCUACUACUUUGCUUACCAUGUUAACUGCAAAGGAAGUAAUGUUUGGGUGGCACUGAUGAAAAACAAUGAGCCUGUUAUGUACACAUACGAUGAGUACAAAAAGGGGUUGCAGGAUCAGGCUUCGGGGAGUGCUGUACUCCCGUUACGAAAAGGAGACACUGUUUACCUACAGCUUCCUUCAGAUCAGGCAGCUGGACUUUAUGCCGGUCAGUAUGUCCACUCCACCUUCUCUGGAUACUUGUUGUACUCCAUGUGAUCAAGUUUGUAUGAUGCUUUACACUUGAGGUAUGUUUAGGCCCAAGUUAAAGCUUUAGAUUUGUUGUUUAGGUGUUUGAAGUCUCUGAGAAACACAACUCUGCUACUUUUGGGUUAUCUACAUUUGGCAGAGAUGGGAAUUGUAGCAUCAUCAAGUCAACUCCAUGCCGUGAUUUUGUUCUGCUCAACAACUGAACCAGGUUCAUUCACUGUGCUGAUGGAAAUCACCUGGUCUAGUUGCUGAACUGAAGAAAAACAUGGCAUGGAGAUGAUUGUUGAUGCCACAAUUCCCCAUCUCUGAAAAAGUUAAAAUGGUCAAUUGAAGAUUUAAAUUUUCAGUAAUACUGAAAACUAAACUCAAGCCACGGAAUUAUGCUAAAUACAGAAAACACUCUCCUGUCAGCACGUUAUGUCUACCUGUUUGUAAAUUACAAGAUUAAACAAUUGGCAGGUUAAUUUAGCCACGUUAUGAAAAUAAAAUCUUUAAAAGAUAUAAAAAAAAAUAAAUCAAACCUAGUUUUGUAAAGUUACAUCUAAAUGUCAAAUCUCAAUGUAAAUGUGUCUGUUACAAACUAAAUAUCUGACUAAUGUUCAAAUUCAGAACAUUGAACAAAUGGAAAAAAAUAAUAAUUGUGAAGAAAUCCUAUAUGUAAUCCCUUAAAGGCACACUUGGAAGUUUUGUGUGGUUUUAGCACCUUCUAGUGUCCGUUAUUAAUUCUCUGUGGUAAAACCUAGUCAACGUAUCUCUCCACUGUGCGUUUGUCUUUCUAACACCUUAAUCUAACAGCUGAAAUGUCUCCUCAGCCUUCAUCAGUGUCUACAGGAGUGAUUUAUCACUAAAUCAAACAAAUCAGCUGUCUUCAUGAUCUAAAACAUGCAGGAAAUGGGCUGGAAUCAGACAGCAGCGGCAGGUAUGUCAGCUCAAUGUCCCAACAGAGUGGCCUGCCAGUUAGAAGUUACAAAUCUGGUAUUCUGGCUACAGGGGGUGGUGAGUGUCUGAGGGACUUUUCAUUAAUGUAAAGCAAGACUAUACAAUUCCAGGCCUGAAGGGCUGGUAUCCAGCAAAUUUUAGUGGUUUUCCUGCUCAACACACUUGAUUCAGUGGUUGAAUCACCUGUGCAGUAGCUCAUCAGGCUCUGCAGAAGCCUGUUAAUCACCUACCAACCGAAAUCAGUUGUGUUGAAACAGAGUUAAAACCAAAAUGUGCUGGAUACCGGCCCUCGAGACCUGGGAUUGAAUAGCCUUGCUGUAACGGAUCAUUUUAGGACAUAGUGGCUCAAAAAAUGAUGUAAAAAUAUGAAAAAGUUGCUAAGUAUUCCUUUAAAGAUCUGUUUGAUCUCUAAACCCUCUUCUAGGCUAUUUUGUAUCAUGGCCAUUUGAAAUACCAUGUAAUUUCAUUUCUAAAUCCACUACAUUUAAUUCCCAACAUUUAGAAGUGAUAUUUAGAUUCAAUAUUUAGAUGUAACUAUAUUUUGAUUUUGUUCUACAGCUUUAGAUUUAAAUAUUUAGAGAGGAAUGAAAUUUAGACUUUAUAUUUUUAGAUUUCAUUAAAUUUUAUAAUUAUAUUAUACAUUUCGCAAAAGGGUGGAAAGCCUCAGAGUCAGGGAAGAGGUCCUGCCUCAAGUGGAGGAGUUUAAGUAUCUCUGGGUUUUGUUCAAAAAGAUGGAGUCCGAGAUCGACAGGUGGAUUAGUGCUGCGUCUGGAGUGAUCCAGGUGUUGUACCGGUCUGUCGUGGUGAAGAUUUGAUCUAUGUUCCUAUUUACUGACAUCUGGGAGGAGCUCAGAGUAGACCAGCUGCUUCUCCAUAUAGAUAGGUGACAAUUGAGGUGGUUCGAGCAUCUAGUUAGGAGGCCUCCUGGGCGUCUGCCUGGUGAGGUUUUUCACACAUGUCCAACCGGGAGAAGACCAAAAGGAAGACCCAGGACACGCUGGAGGGACUAUGUCUCUCAGCUGGCCAGGGAACGUCUUAGGAUUUCCUAUGAAAUGUCACUCAGACCCCACCGCUCUCUGUGGCCAGAAUACCACAUUUGCAACUUCAGACUGGCUGGCCACCACCUGUUGGACUUAAAAAAUGGAGCUGACAUACCUGGCGCUGCAGUGUAGUUCUAGCACGUUUCCUGCAUGUUUUAGAUCACAAACACAGCUGAUUAGUUUAAUUUAGAGAUGAAUCUCCUGUAGACACUAAUGAAGGCUGGGAGAUGUUUCAGCAUUUAGAUUAAGGUGUUUAAAAGAUGAACCCAUUGCGAGGAGAAAGGAUUCACUUUUGCUUUUUGCUUUAUUUGUUUUUGGAGCUAAAUGUAGAAAAAUUAAGCUGUAAUUGUUUACACAUUAGUUUACAAGUAGUCCCCCGUAUGAUGCGUUUUUAUAUCAUGUGAUUCAAUGUAAGAAGGUAAAUUACAGACGAUGCUUUUACUUUUUUCUGUGGCAGAGUAUUACAUAUUUGUCAGAGCUAUUAGUUUCAUUAUAUACGUUUCAUCAGCUUGAACUACAUCAAGUUAAAUACUAGCACUUCCUGUUUACAUUGUUGCCACAACCUGUAUUCUUGGCACAUACAGACAGUACACAUUCAUUAUGCAUUCCAUUUAAUCACAUUUAUUUUAUGUCUGGGUCUUUCUGCAUUAAUCUCCUUCACAACAGACCUUUUUAUACAAAAUUUGAUCAUUUGUACUUUUGAUGUUACAUUUUUUGUUUUGUUUGUGUUCCCUGUAAUUUAUUAUCAAUGUCUGAUUUACUUGAAUUUCUCUUGUUUUCUGAAUGGCCAAUGAAGACUUUGCAGCAAAAGCCUGUUACAACUUAAACCAUAUGUGGAAGAUGAAAAUAAGCAUUUACUUAUAUUUUCAUUAUAAAAUGCUUUCUUCAAACAAGUACCGGUAGUCCUUUUUUAAGUUCUUCAAACAGUGAGUGUGUGAAUCUGGAGUGAAAUUAUUUAAUGUAUUUUUAUUUUGUUUAUUUUUGUGUCAUUCGGAGGUCACCAGGAGGAUGCUGAAGGCGUGUUACACAGUUAACCUUGGAUUUACCAACAUUUUCUGAUAUGUGAAUAAAAGUUUAAACUUUUUCUAAAAUCAA